GUGUGACUGGUGACUCGGACGUAUUUCUGUUUAUUAUUUAUUUAAGGCUCUGCAAGUAAUAUUAUUAUUGAAGUUUUAUAUUAAAAUAUGGAAUCUCUCAUUGCAAACGUUGAACACUUUCAAUUCGACAUAGAACUCGCAUUGGAAGAGCAAUAUGGGGCCCUCCCGCUGCCGUUCCCCGGGAUGGACAAAUCCACCACGGCCGUGUGUCAGUUCUACUCUACCCAAAAAGGCUGUCCGAAGGGAAAUAAUUGCCCGUUCCGGCACAUGAGAGGCGACAGGACCAUCGUUUGUAAACAUUGGCUGAGGGGGUUGUGCAAAAAGGGCGACCAGUGCGAGUUUUUGCAUGAGUACGACAUGACCAAGAUGCCUGAGUGCUAUUUUUACUCAAGGUUCAACGCCUGUCACAACAAGGAAUGCCCCUUUUUGCACAUCGAUCCCGAGAGCAAAAUCAGGAACUGUCCUUGGUAUGACCGUGGAUUUUGUAGACACGGUCCUCAUUGUCGGCACAGGCAUGUGAGAAGAGUUUUGUGCAUAAACUACAUGGCAGGCUUCUGCCCUGAAGGUCCCAACUGCAAAUACAUGCACCCACGUUUUGAGCUUCCAGCACCUCCCGAUCAAAAGCUCCAAGACAAAAACAAACCGCUAGUGAUCAUCUGCCAUUUCUGCGGAGAUCAUGGUCACAAGGCGAUUCAUUGCAAUAAAAUGUCUCAGCACCAUCACCAGAAGGAGCUUCAGAUGCUGAUCAACAACAGUGAGGACGGCAAACGGGAGUCACUGGGCCUGACCAGGCCGCCCAUGAAGAAGCUGGAGGAUGUUACGUGCUACAAGUGCGGCUCCAAGGGGCACUACGCCAACAAGUGCCCCAAGGGUCAUUUGGCAUUUUUGUCUCAGAAGGCGAAUCAGCUGACACAAGAGCGUUUGGCUCAGCAGAUGAAGCAGCAACAGCAGCAGCAGACGAAUGCUGAUAAUGAUAAUUUGGAUAUUUAAUUAUAUGUUUUAUUAUAAAUCUAGGUAUAAAUAAGUUUGCAAAUUCAUUUAAUCAUAAUUUUUGUAGAUGAGCUACAAUCUCUGGAAAUUUUGCCUCAAUAUGGCUUGAGGAUACCAAAAUAUUGGGGCUCACAUAUCUUUCAAGGCGGGAAUGAGAUUUUUGCCAUGUUCCAAUUGAAUUUUAGCUCUUCGAUGGUCAAAUAUGAGUUUGGGAUUUUCAGCGCUGCUGUCAAAUAUAAGCUCUUUGAACCCCUCUAGGUCAACUUCACCUUUUGAAUAGUCGAAAAUCGGUUCUUCACCUCUCCAGUUCAAUUUUUGGCAUAAGUAGGCUCAUAGGGGUGAAUAGCUGACCCAAAAUGUGUACACCGACUGCCAAAUUCCACAAUCUUUGGGGAAAUUUGCUAAGAUUGUGAGCGAUUGUGUACGAUUGUGAGUGAUUCUGUACGAUUGUGAAUGAUUGUAGAAGGAUUGACUGAUUGUGUCAUGAUUGUGACUGAUUCUGUUAUGAUUGUGAGUGAUUGUGACUGAUUUUGUCAUGAUUGUGACUGAUUGUGUAAGGCUUGUGAAUGAUUGUGGAAAGACUCGUGUAAGGACUAUAUGUGUUUUCUCACGUGUCAAAUGUUUAAAAACGUUUUUAAAACUGGUUUAAAACAAUGUCACAUGACGUCAUAACUUCUCGGCUCGAGAAAAUGGUUUCAAAACGUGGAUUGGAUUGUAUUUCAAAACGGUUUGACAAAUUUUGAUGACGUCAUGGUUUCAUCGCGACUAUAUACAGGGUGUUACAAAUUCGCAAAUAUGCAGAUCUCGAUAUCCAUAAUAGAUAUAGGUUCGGUCAAAUUGGGACAAAGUUACGCAAUUUCUUGCUCGACAAAAUGCCGUUUCGAAAUCUGGAAAAUUCCGAAUAUUUCCGGAGAUAUUCGGAAAAAAACGAAAUUUUGCAUUUUUUUUUCCUGUGCUUAUUUGAAGGGAUACUUCAAUAUAAAUAACACUUCAUCGUUGCCACUUUUUAUCCUCCACAAUAUGGCGUUAUCAAAUUUGGAAUCCGACGUUUCGUCUUUGGGCCAACAUCAUCAACUUUAUUUUUUUAAUUACGGAUCUGGAUUUUUUAUUUAGUUCUUUGUUAGUUUUUGACUUCCUUAAUAGGAUGGUGAAUCAAAACAAUCGAUAGCACGAACAUUUCAAUCAAAAAAUUAUAUAAUUUGUAUGGAGAUACUCAUCUAAGGGUGGGUAUUAUCAAACUACUUUGAGAGUUAACUUAGAGUUAACUUCUGGAAUUACAUGUAAUUCAAAAAGUUAACUUCAAGUUAACUGUCAAAGCAGUUUUAUAAUACCUGCCCUUAGUCAAACACAUUGUUUUCUUCAUAAAUUUGUCUUUGUCAAACUCAUUAUUUAUAAUAAAUAUAAUA